AUGGCGUUCCGAAGAGUCGUGGGCACGGUCGUGCGUGCAGCGCGGCCGACUCACGCAAAGAAAGGCCAGAGGCUGCCAACGCUGAAGGCGGUGCUUGAGAAAAGAGGGGAGACGCCCCGUCACAAAGUCAUCACGAACACUGGCCACACAACCAUUGCGCGUGACCACAGUGACGUGCAACGCAUCAGAACCGCCGAUGCCAAGGCCGCGGCAACGUCGCCAUCAUCGUCGUCGACAACGACCGUCAUUCCGAACCUCCACCUUCGUGGCCUCGACGUCAGACGUGGCAAGUGA